AUCUCUGAACAGCAAAAAAAUCCUAUUUAUCAUCUCACGAGAAAAAAAAAAAAAAACCCGCAUGAAUCGUCCUGCCAUGCUUCAUCCAGCACCGCCAUGAUCUUCGAGAGCCCCUCCGUCGCUAAAAUGCACGGGGCUCGAUCCUCCCUUAUCGUUCGCUCCUCCACCCUCCAUCCCGCCCCCUCACUCCAAACCCUAACCCUCGAUUAGGGUUCCCAAAAUCUCUCUCUCUCUCUCUCUCUCUCUCUCUCUCUCUCUCUCUCCCCCUCCAAUUCUCAGCCGCUCGAUAAUGGCGACGAGGAUUUUGGAAUCGAGCGUCCUUCUCUUGUUCGUUUUUGCCAGGUUGGCGUUGGCGGGGCCCAUCAUGGCCCCAUCGUCGGCCGCUGCAGCUGUCUGCCCGGCUGCUUCGGCCAUCGACUCGAUCAUGCGGACUCGGGAUUCGUGCUCGGAUGCGGAUUUCCUCUCUCAUGCUUCUGGUGGCGAUCUGGUUGGUGUUAUGGAGGGGGAUGAAGUUUCAUUGCAGAGGGCGUUGAAUCUAGUUCAGAAGGACAGUCGUGAAUAUGCAUCUGUGCUCUUUUAUGCAUCUUGGUGCCCUUUCUCUAAAACUCUCAGGCCCAACUUCACCAUUCUAUCUUCUUUGUUUCCUACAAUUCAUCAUUUUGCAUUUGAAGAGUCUUCCAUCAGGCCAAGUAUACUGUCACGCUAUGGAGUUCAUGGUUUCCCGACCCUUUUCCUCCUAAAUUGCACUACACGGGUGCGCUAUCAUGGCCCUCGGACACUUGAUUCUCUAGUCCGUUUCUACAAUGGUGUUACAGGCAUUAAGCCUGCAUCGCUGGAUCGGACAUCCUUUGAGAAAAUCUGGGACCAAUUGAACCCCAUCAAGCUUGAAGAUGCCGAGCAGGAAUGCCCAUUCUCAUGGGCAAGGUCACCUGAGAAGCUCCUUCGGCAAGAGACGUAUCUGGCGCUUGCCACUGCCUUUGUGCUUCUGAGGCUCUUCUACUUUCUCCUACCAACCCUGCUCGCAUGCAUCAAGCGUGCUUGGAGGCGGCGCAUGCGGAAUGCGAGCUUAAUGCAGCUGUGGGAGCAUCCACAGAUAUACCUCGAGCAUGGAAUGCAAGUCUUCAGCAGGAUGAAGCCCUGCAAGAGGAGCAACUUGCAGGAAGGAGCAAUGAAUGCAAAGGCAUGGGCUUCCAAGUCCCUGGCCUCAGUCGCCAUCGGAGAAGCAAGUUCUAGCAGGGCGUGUUUUGGCAACGAAAGGCGAUGAAAUGGAAGCUGCUCUCACAGCUGAUUGAGUCGCCGAAUUGGGGAAAUCUCUCUCAAGACUCACAAAAAGGGUUUGGUCAGUGAGAAUCUCAUAAGGUAAAAUGGGAUGCUGUGAGAUGGGAGGCCCUUUCUGCCUAUUUGCAAGGGCCAUUGUUUUUCGCCAUAGGUUAGGAAGGUGGAGGUUUUUCAGUUGUUUUAACUGGUCCCCCUUUAAGACAUUGUUAUACCAUUGUUGCGUAUAUAUAGUAACUUCAUUUUGCUGUUUUAAUUGGGUAGGAAAGAGAAAAGUUCUCUUGUUAAGGUGUACAUGCUGACUCUAUUGUUUAGAAUGAAGUUCUUUUUUUUUU